AUGAAGUUCCAGCGUCUCGCCCGUGUCGUCGUUGUCGGCCGGAGGGAAUUUUCCUCGUCCACGGCAAGGAGGCAGAUUAACAAGAUUUGCCCUUCUGCUCAGGAUGCCAUUAAAGAUAUGCAGAGUGGCUCGAUCUUGCUGGUUGGAGGGUUUGGCUUCAGCGGCGUUCCGGCUUCGCUCAUCAAUGCAUUGCGGGAUCGGCCAGAUUUGACGGAUUUCACUGUCGUGUCGAAUAAUGCUGGGAUGCCUGGGGUUGGGUUAGGACAGCUACUGGAAACCAAGCAGAUCAGCAAAAUGGUAGCAUCGUUCAUUGGCGAGAACAAGACAUUUGAGAAAAUGUAUCUCUCUGGUGAACUGGCACUCGAGCUUACACCUCAGGGCACAAUGGCCGAGAAGUGCGCAGCUGGAGCGGCAGGCGUGCCUGCUUUCUAUACUCCUGCAGCAUAUGGCACAAUCGUACAAACGGGUGAACUCCCUGUCAAGUAUAACCCAGAUGGAACCGUUGCCAUCAUGUCUAAACCAAAAGAAACCCGCAUCUUCAACAAGAAGUCGUACGUGAUGGAAGAGUCAAUAUUCGGAGACUAUGCUUUCGUCAAAGUGCACAAAGCUGACCGAAUGGGCAACUGCCAAUUCCGCAAGGCCCAGAACAACUUUAACGAGGCCAUGGGAAAGAAUGCGAAGGUCACUUUGGUGGAGGCAGACCAUAUUGUUGAGGUUGGAGAGAUUGAGCCCGAGAAUGUCCACUUGCAGGGAAUCUAUGUCCGCAAGGUUAUCAAGAGCACCGAGGAGAAAAAGAUUGAGAAGACGACAUUUAGGAAGAAUCCAGAAGAGUUGAAGCAAGCUGUUGGCGCAAGUUCGUCAAACCGGGAAAGGAUUAUUAGACGAGCAGCGAAAGAAUUCAGGGAUGGCAUGCACGUCAAUCUCGGAAUUGGCAUGCCCCUCGCGGCUCCAGCUUUCGUCGAACCCGGCAUUGAAGUCGUCUUGCAAUCUGAGAACGGAAUUCUAGGAAUGGGCCCGUACCCCAAUCCUGGAGAGGAGGAUCCCGAUUUGAUCAACCCUGGAAAGGAAACUGUGACACUAAAUCAAGGCGCAUCGCUGUUUGGCAGCCAUGAGAGCUUUGGCAUGAUCAGAGCGGGGCGAAUUGAUCUGACGAUGCUUGGCGCUUUGCAGGUGGGACAAUUUGGGGAUCUUGCAAACUUUAUGCUUCCUGGAAAGGUCAAGGGCAUUGGUGGUGCAAUGGAUCUAGUUGCCAACCCUGCCGAGACGAAAGUAGUAGUCACCAUGGACCAUACUGAUAAAAGGGGCAACCCUAAAAUUCUAAACCAAUGCUCAUUCCCUCUCACCGGUCAACGCUGUGUAUCCCGCAUCAUCACGGAACUAGCAGUGUUCGACGUGAAUCACACUGAGGGCUUGACCCUUAUUGAAGUUGCUGAAGGCGUUACAGUUGAGGAAGUCCAGAAAAAGACCGAAGCGCCCUUCAAGGUUGCCGAGGACUUGAAGACGAUGUUGUGUUAA